GGUAACAGAAUUUGUUUCACAGGUCCCCCAUUUCAGAAAUGGACUCUUGUCUUCAUUUUAAAAUGGGCCACGUGCCAGGAAGGUACUGAUGAAAGAAACAUCAGUGUGAUAGUAUUCUAUUCAACAUGAAUCCAAGUGCCUAUGAAAUAAAUAUAGACAGUGUGCCUGGUGAUGUCAAGGCGAAUGUUUGGUAUAAACUUAAACCAGCUGAACAGUUUCCUGAUGCACGUGUUGGACACACUGCUCUUUAUUGUAAAACUGAUCAUGAGGUGAUUCUAGUUGGUGGUGCAACACCUCAUUCUUUGUAUAGUGAAGUUUGGAUCCUUAACCUUAAAAACUUGACGUGCAAUCAUCUUCAGGUCUUAGGUGAGUUUGAGGCUCGCUAUGAACACAGUGCCUUCUUUCCAAUAAAAGUAAUCAGUUCUGAAACUAAAGAAGAGAUGGUAACAAAAUCAGAGAAGACAGAGAAAACAUAUGAUUGUUCAAGACUGUGGAUAUUUGCUGGAGCAAAUACUGAGGAAAACAAAAAUGACUUCUGGGAGCUGAACUUUGAGAGUCAGCAGUGGGUCCAACUAUCACAGAGUGGAGAAAUUCCAUCACCACGAACAUAUCACACAACCUCUGCAUUUUUGGGUGAUACAUUUGUGGUAUUUAGUGGGGGAGCCAAAGGUGUAGAAGCAGUGACUGAUACUCAGACAUAUCAGCUAAAUAUGCAUACUAGGGAAUGGAGCAUACUUCCUACCAAGGGACAACCACCGAGGUCUCGACAGGGCCAUGUUCUCAUUGCUGUUGAUGAUAAGUUAUUCUGUCAUGGUGGAAUGUCAGGAAUGGGUCUUUGUGAUGACCUGUAUGUACUGGACAGUGAUGGGACAUGGACAUCCAUUGAUUGUAAGCAUCAGCCCAGUAGACGUGCAGCACACGGAGCUGUAUGCCACAAGAGAUUCAUCUAUAUUUUUGGAGGUUUGGGUAAUUCUGGAGCUCUCAGUGACAUGUGGAGACUUCAUGUGGACACAUUGGUAUGGGAAGAAGUCACUGUGAGUGGUUCAGUGCCUCCAAGGAGGUUGGAUUUUGCUUUAGUUUUAGUAGAACUUCCUCACAGAUUUGAGAAGAAAAUGCAGGAUCAUAGUCAAGGUGACGGUGAGGUUGAAAAAAAAGAAAGAGAGUUGAAGGAAGAAACUGCAGUCAACAAAACACCUGAUGCAAAUGAGCCAUAUGUUCCUUAUAUUUUGUUGCAUGGAGGUAUAGAUGAAACAGGUCACAUAUAUGAUGACUUUUAUGUUAUGAGUUUGGGUUUGGGAAGUGACAUUGUACUAGGCUGAAACAUAACUUGUUGCUGUUUACAUGAAAUAAUUUACUUCUUACAAGAACAUAUCAUCAAAACACAUUUCACUGUUCAAAAUUCAGUCAAAUUUUGUUGUACAACAGUUGUAACUUAUUCAUUUUAACAUUCAUAUGUAAAGACUUUCAUGGGGAGAUUUACAGCCUUGUUCUUUAAGGCAUCAUUGUGUUGGUUUUUUUUCACCUUCUCACAGAUAUCUCAGUUUUGUAACAUAUCAGUAAAUUAAUUUUGCUACUUGAAAGUUUGGUCUUUGUCAUAUACUUUAGAAGGUGAUUAACUUUAUAAUGUUUAUGUAAUGUAAAAUUCUUCAUUUUAAAAAAUGUGAUAGCUGUCAAUUUUUAAAGUCUUUUGUUUUAUUGCCAGUUGUUCAUUAUGCUCAAAAUAUGUAAUAUUUUGUAAGACAUUUAUCUGGUAACAAGAAUCAUGAUAUAUUGUCAGAACAUAUGACAAAGAAAGAUACAUUUGAAGUGUGAGGUUCUCACGGUAGUGAAGAUGUCUUGUGGUUUAUUUAAUAGUGAUGUCAAUAGCACAUACUAUAUGCCACUUAAUGAUAGGAUGAUUAAUGAAUGAUAAAUACGAAAAUAUACGAAAAGAACCUGUAAUGACCAAAUUUAAGGAAUGCCAAAAGUUGCAACCACCUACAAGACCACAUGGCAUCACAAUCUUGAAGACCACAGUUGACGAUAAUACAUUUGUUGAUGCAUGUUAUAAUAAAUUUAGUGCCAGAUAUUACUGGCUGUAUGUGAGGUGGAUACUGUUCCUCAGAUAUUCAGAUAUACUAUUUAAGUUAUGCCAGCCACAGUAGCCACGCAGUCUGAGGCACGAUCCUCGUACGCCUGACUGACCGUGGGUUCGAGUCUCACUUAAGGCAUGGAUGUUUGUCCACUACCAACCCGCACUGGCCAGCGUGGUAGUGUAUGGCUAAAAUCCCCAAAUGGGAGACCUAUGUCCAGUAGUGGACAUUGAGAGGUUGAAGGAAAAAGAAAUUUAUGUUAUCUGUGGCUGAAAACCACCGAUAGUCCUCUUACUGUUCUGUAUUUAUAACUCUCAAAACCUUGGUCAUAAAACUCCAUGGAAAUUCUCAAUUAAAUAAAGUGCCAAGGAAAUCAUUUUGACAUAAAAAGGAUGAAGUAGUGCUGGUGUAGAUGCUACCAGGAAGGUGGAAGACUGAUACUUUGAUUGAUGAAGGAAAUCCAGGAUGCAGUGGCAGAGAGAGGAAUGCAAGGGGGAUCAUAGAUAGAGAAGAAUGAUGAUUGGGAAUUGGAAGACAAUCAGUGGCAUUAUAAAACCAAUACAUACAAUGGGACAAGUAAGUAAAAAAUGGUAGAUAUCACAUAAAGAAUUUUGUAAUUUAUACAGCUCACUUAACAUUGUUAUGAUAACCAAAGUAAGAAGGUGACGCAUGAAAAUGGAAAUAAGGAAUUGCAUACAAUUUUGGUGCAGGAGCCUGUUGGAAAGUGACACUUAGAAAACUUGAGAAUAAGAUAAGCAGACAAUACUGAAACGGACAUUAGAUACUGGGACUGAGGAUGUGGACUGGGCUGAAAUGCUUAGAAUUUUGUCCAGUGACAGGAUAUUGUAUAAACUGGUUUAGAAUGUUUGUCCUUAGGGAGAUGGUUAUUUAGAUACAACUUUUGGUGACAUUCCCAUGUAAUGUAAUGUUUCUCUAAGGAAUAUUUGAUCAUUAACAUAAUUACAUUUAAACCUAGAAGAAUUGAAUAUUUGUAAGAAACCAGAAUCUAUGACAUUUAAGUAUAAUAAAUACAAGUACUUUAACAUU